CGAGUGACCAGCACCUCAUGCGCCAGAUCCUCGGCAAGGCCGCACCGCCGCAAGGGCCGGCUGUCGUUCUUGUCGCAACGCCCGCCAGGGUCAUCGGCCGUGGUAAGAGAGCGAGCGAGAGAGAGAGAGAGAGAGCGAGAGCGUGUUGUCGAGGGCGAGGGCAAGGGUGAGCAAGCAGAGGCGGUCGUCGUCUGUCAGAUUCAACGCAGGGAUGCCACAGAGGCACAUUCACUAGCGCUAUCUUGCUGGGAUCCAAUCACAGCCUGCAGGGGUUCCAUUGCCAUGCCAGCCCAGUCAAUGUGUCGAGCAGCUUUUGAUGCCCUUUCCAGCUGCUUUUGGGCUGCCUGCGCUGCCUGCCCAUCCACCGCCCGUACUGUGGGUGCUCUCGUCCGCCCUCCCCGCGCCCUUCAUCAUCAAGCCCUCACCCUGUUCCUGCUCCUGCUCCUACUCCUCUCCACAUCCCAUCCCAUCCCAUCCCAUCCCAUCCUCGACUCUGCCACUCCCGUCCCACGACCAAACCCCCAUCGCCAGACUAAAUCCUGCUAGCCCCUCCACCUCUCCCGCCGCCGCGACAGGACGGCAUUCCAUAUUGGGACGCCAUCUAAUUUCGUCCUCCUCACCUGUCUGUCCACCCACCUCCCUCUCCCGACUCUGUUGUUCGACACUUGAAAAAUUCCCCUUGCGCGAAUCAGCGCUGCCCUUCGAUUUUUUUUGGUUUGGCCUCUCAGCUGCACUUUUGGCCAGUGCGCCCGUCUCGGGUCGUCCUUUUUUUCCUGGCCACUAUCUCGCUGUCCCGGACGCCCGCUGCACUUGCUGCUGCACCUCUCUUUGGCCCACGUCUGGAACACGCCGCUUGGCUUCCUGCCUCUGUGCUACCGUCUGCCGCCAGUGCACUGCACCCCCUGUGCCGCUGCAUAAUAUCUGUCUGUCCGCCGCCGUUUGCUUCGUUACCUAGGCCCACCUGUCGAGGGCAUCCGACCGAGUCCUACUGUACUCUACGCCCUAAGUCGCCCCGUCCGACAGUGGAGGCGCCUCACCAAUUUCCCUCCCCCGCGGCACAAAAGUUUCAAGUGGGCAG